AUGUCCAAGAGAUCCGCCGACGUUUCCGACGAGCAGAACGCCGCCCUCAAGGCUGGUGAACGUCCCGUCGUUGAUGCCCCUCCCGACGAGGUGGGGGAGUUCGAGGACGAAUAUGAAGAUGAGUUCGAGAGUGAAGAUGAGGUCCUCGAAGCUGGUGUAGAUGGUCGGCCUGAUGCCGAACGGGAGGAGGAAGAGAAAGCCAUACUGACCCCGACUGGUUCUUCAGAUGCAAUGGAGGUAGACAAGCAGACUUUCAUUCCCGGAAGGACAAAAUUGGCACCCGGAGAGGUCCUCUCUCCUGAUCCGUCUACGUACGACAUGCUGCACACUCUCAGCACCCCGUGGCCCUGUCUAUCGUUCGAUAUCGUGCGCGACUCCUUGGGCGACAACCGCAAGACUUACCCCGCUACUGUCUACGCCGUGACGGGCACACAAGCUGAGGGCAGACGGGCAAAGGAGAACGAAUUGAUGGUAUUGAAGCUCAGCGGCAUGAGCAAGAUGGACAAGGAGGAUGGCAUGGACUCGGACAGCGACUCCGAUUCGGACGACGACAGCGAGGCAAUCCUCGAACACAAGAGCAUUCCUCUCGGAUCGACAACCAACCGCAUCCGCGCCCACCAGACCCCCAACCAGUCCGGAGACUACUCCAAGCCCCCGCAGACUAUUACCGCUACGAUGCUCGAGAACUCCCAGGUCGUGAUUCACGAUGUUACCCCCCAUCUCACCAGCUUCGAUGUCCCUGGAACUAUUCUCCCUCCCUCCGCCAACAAGCCCCUGUCUACUCUCCGCAUGCACAAGUCUGAGGGAUACGCUCUCGACUGGUCCCCGCUGCAGCCCCUCGGCAAGCUGUUGACCGGUGACAACGACGGAUUGAUCUACGUGACGACUCGCACCGAAGGUGGUGGCUGGGUCACCGACACUCGUCCCUUCACCGGCCACAUGUCGUCUGUUGAGGAACUUCAGUGGUCCCCCAACGAGAAGAACGUUUUCGCCUCUGCCAGCAGUGACGGCAGUGUCAAGGUGUGGGAUGUUCGUUCCAAGUCGCGCAAGCCUGCUGUCGACGUGAAGGUUUCGAACACCGAUGUCAACGUCAUGAGCUGGUCCAACCAGACUUUCCACCUCCUGGCGACAGGUGCGGAUGACGGACAGUGGGCCGUCUGGGAUCUGAGACACUGGAAGCCGAAUGCCGCGGGUUCUCAGACCACAGCCUCCCCUGUCGCUUCGUUCGACUUCCACCGCGAGCCCGUGACGAGUAUUGAGUGGCACCCGACCGACGACAGUGUCGUCGCAGUCGGAUCCGCCGACAACACGGUCACUCUGUGGGAUUUGGCCGUGGAAUUGGACGAGGAGGAGAACCGCGAGGCGGGAAUGCAGGAAGUUCCGCCGCAGCUACUGUUCGUGCACUACACGGAGUCCGUCAAGGAAAUCCACUGGCAGGCCCAGAUGCCCGGUACGAUCAUGGCUACGGGUGGUGCUGGAUUUGGUGUGUUCAAGACAAUCAGUAGUUUGAUUACAAUGAUGAAGCAUGAUGCCUAUGUCUUUGGUCUGUAG